AUGCAUACAACAUCAAAUAUCAUUGAUGACGAUGAUUAUGAAACUUAUAACGAUGUUGAAGAUGACACCAUUGAUGAUAAUAAUAAUGAUGUAAAUGUAAUUGAUACUGAAGAUGAAGAUAAUACAAAAACUGAUGAACAAAUUGAUUCAAACAAUUUCGAUUCGAUCAAUGUUAAUCCUCCUAAAUUAAGAAGUACACUAAUAAAAAAAUAA